AUGGAAAUAUUAAUCCCAUCAAAGUUCACAGAAACGGAUGAAAAUUAUGAGUUUAGAACUAUAGAACUUGGAGACGAUUCAAAUGAAAAUUUAUCAAAUAUUGGAAUAGGAACUCUUUAUUGUCCAGGUGAUACAUUACCAGCGCUUAAAGAACAACUCUGUAAACUUGAACAAAGAUCUGGUGUUGAAAUAAAGAUGAACAAAGAAACCAUGCACUGUUUUGAUAAUGAAUCAUUUAGAUUUCUAGCUACAUCCAAAAAUGAUGAAAUAAGCUUUACAGAAAGUUGGAAAAGAUCAAUAGAUGAAUCUGUAAGACUAUUUGAAUAUCUUUUCUUCCGUAAUCCUCAUAAAGUACAACAUACUUUAACACUCAAUGAAGCUAGAAAAAUUGUAUUACACCUCGUUAAACCUCUUGCAGGCAUAGAACAACGUAUUCAAACAAAUAUUAAUCUAGUUAAAGAUCGUCAAAAAGAGAUUGAUAGUUGCGCUGAAUCUAUUCAAGAUCUUAAAAAGAGAUUGUGUAUUCUACAACAAGUCAUUGAACCAAGACAAUUAGGAUAUCCCAGAACGACUGAAUUGCUUAAUAAUGCAAAAUUAUUGGAGUGUAUUGCUAUUAAAUCUAAUGAACUUGUCAAAAAUAAAAGUGCUAAUCCCUCUAAUUAUAAUAAUAAUGCAAUUAUUGAAGGACUUGAAAAGACGAAAAGAGAAUAUUUGGAAAAUAUUGAAGUUUUAAAAAAAAUGAUCGCAGCUAAUGAUUCUUCUGAUGAUGUAAUCACUCCAGAAGAUAUAAUCAGAUAUGAAAAAGAAUUAUAUAAUUUGCAAAUCAACAGAGAAACUUUGAAAAAUAUGAAAUUUAUGGCAGAACGUGAUCAAGCUUUUAUAUUUAAUCAACAUAGAUCUAAUACUAAUAGUCAUAGAAAUGCACGUAAAUCAGUAUCUAAACUUUUUGCUCAAAUAUAUAGGUGUUAA